AUGUCGUCCGGCUUCCGGUCCAACGUCAUCUACAAGCCCGUCGUGUACCCGCGCAACGUCACCUUGGGCAACUACCUCUACUUUGUCGUCGCACUGACGUUUGUGUACGAGACGUCCUUCCCGCGCACGACCCAGAUCCGCAAGAUGUACGUCGCGUGGCACUCGCUGCAGGCGUGCGCGUGCGCGGCCGUGCAGUACGUCCUGCUCAUGCAGUUCUACAUCCCGACGCUGCGCAACUCGGUGCCGCCGCAGCGCAACCUCUGA